CCAUUGCAGACCCUUUCACCUGGUCUUGUAGAUUAGGGUUUAAGGGUUUACUCGGGAGAAGAAGGAGAAGGAGAAGGUGAAGAACGGAAAGCUCUAGGGCUUCUGAUUUGCCCUUUCGGAAAGGAAGAAGAAGAAAGAGUAAAGGGCUAGCGGUAAUGGGCAGCAGCCAGGCGGCAGUGUCGUUCCUGACGAAUGUUGCGCGGGCGGCGAUCGGUCUGGGCGCUAGCGCCUCGCUUCUGAGCGCUUCUCUAUACACCGUGGACGGUGGUGAGCGGGCGGUGCUAUUCGAUCGGUUCCGGGGGGUUCUGGACGAAACGGCGGAUGAGGGCACCCACUUCCUCAUCCCUUGGCUCCAGAAGCCCUACAUCUUCGACAUUCGUACUCGCCCUCACACGUUCUCUUCCAUCUCCGGCACGAAGGACCUCCAGAUGGUGAACCUCACCCUAAGAGUGCUCUCGCGGCCUCAGGUCACCAGCCUUCCGGCCAUUUUCAAGACGCUCGGCCUCGAGUACGAUGAAAAGGUGCUGCCGUCGAUCGGAAACGAGGUCCUCAAGGCUGUCGUAGCCCAGUUCAACGCGGACCAGCUCCUUACCGAACGGCCCCACGUCUCCGCCCUCGUCCGCGAGUCACUCAUCCGCCGCGCUCGCGACUUCAACAUCGUCCUCGACGACGUUGCCAUCACCCACCUUUCCUACGGCCCUGAGUUCUCCAGGGCCGUCGAGCAAAAGCAGGUCGCUCAGCAGGAAGCGGAGAGAUCGAAAUUCGUGGUCGCUAAGGCUGAACAGGAACGACGGGCUGCGAUUAUCAGGGCGGAGGGAGAAAGCGAGGCCGCCAAGCUAAUCUCAGACGCCACUUCAGCCGCCGGUAUGGGCCUCAUUGAGCUCCGUAGGAUAGAGGCCUCCAGGGAGAUCGCUGCCACCCUCGCCAAGUCGCCGAAUGUUGCAUACCUGCCUGGGGGGAACCAGAUGCUUAUGGCGCUCAAUCCGACUGCCGGGAUUGGGGGACGUUGAUUCUUCGCUCUCUAUCCGUCGUCCUUUCUUGCUUUGUCCGUUUCGUUUCAUUCGCUCUUUGUCCGGUCACUUGGUUCUGUUGGUAAGGCUUUUUUGAAUCCAGUGGCCAAUUUUCGAGGCUGCUUUUCCUUGCUUCUACUUGUGAUGCAAAAUACUGAGGUAUGGAAUCAUGUGAUGAAUAUAAACAAAAAUGAACUUCUUUCUCCUAAUAAUUACUGUUACAUUGUCUUGGAUGUUUCAA